ACACUGCCAAUAACGAAAACAUUCGCAUGACUUCUUGUUGAUGUGCAACUGUGUCGCAGAUUGUGAAGUUGAUUUUCGUUUAGAGAAUAUUAUUUAAUUUGUUCUCCGUUGUGUCAAUUGUUAAAAUAAAAAUUAAGUGCUUCUUUCCGUUUUGCUCCAAUGAAUUUUCUCAGCAUUCUUGAUUUAUUUCAAUUAAAAAAUUGAAAGUCACAGUCACACAGAUUGCAAUACCUGCCACGAAUUUGAAAUGGGCUUUAGUGUAAGCAGGUUUCAGUUUUUGGACGAUAACGGCGUUCAAUAACCUUCCGGUGAAAAGCCAGAGAAAAUGGGAAGCGGUAAUUCCAAGGAUCCACCGGUGACCGAAAGAAAGAAGGAUAAAAUAGAUAUGGCCUUUUUAAAAGCUCGAGUAGACCGAGUUAACGUUAAAGGUCUUAGCCGAACCUGUGAUGAUUAUGUACAUCGAGCUGUUCGAAAUUUGUUCGGAGCAAGCACGUUCCAAGAUGUAAUAGAUGAAACUUCCAACGUAAAAGAUAACCUUAUGCUGUUGGGUAUUUUCAAAAAUUUGAAAAUAAAGAUUGAUGUUAGCCGAGGAACAGAUUCAACCCCCAACGGAUAUGAGGUUACAUUCGAAGGAAGUGAGCUAUCACGUUUGACUGGUAGCAUCGGGACGGAGUUUGGUCAGAAUGAUGGAGCGGCAACGGCGGAAUUGCUGUCUCCAAACGUGUCUGGUCGCGGCGAAAGGUUAAGCCUGAACUAUAGUUACAGUUAUGUUAAAAGCAGCGUUUUAAAUCUUCGAUUGACCAAGCCAUACUAUCACACAGUUGUUGGCGAUUAUAAUCCCGAGACUUCUAUAGGCAUUUUCAAACACUCGUCACAUACUCCAUGGUCGAAAUUCCGCACGGAUGAAGCAGGAGCUUUGCUAGAUUUCUCCUUCACUUUGCCGUUUGGACUUAGCAAUAGCUUGCAGUAUGAAAUUGGCAUGAAGGAAGUUUUUACAACACCAUUCUUCAUCAUAGAAACCUGUGAACCUCGAUUGGCAUCUAUUAUUCGGUACAUCGGAAUAUACGAAGGUCGCGACAGUAGUAUAUAUCCUACGAAGGGAACUUAUGUCAAGGCAACAAACGAACUGAUUGGAAGUCCUCUAAACCAGUUUGGUUUGGUUAAGAGUGACGUUCACUGCGAGUUGAACGUGCCCCUUUUGGCUGGAAUAUCGCUUCAACUGUGCGGUCGAGCUGGAAUUUUAGUCAACGAUAAACGGAAAGAGGCGAUCCCAAUCUAUCAGUUGUUCUAUCCUGGUGGUCCACAAUCGCUUAGAGGGUUUGAACAAGCAGGAGUGGGUCCUCAUCGAGACGAUGUGGCGGAGGGUUGUCAGUCGUAUUGGGCCACAGGAGUUCAUCUCUGGAGCCCACUACCAUUCAGUCGAGCUGGAGAUCUCAGUGAUCUUUUUAGAUUGCAUUUAUUUUACAAUUUUGGAACUUGCAACACUUUUACGACAGACAAACUUCGUAGUACGGUUGGGGCAGGACUCGCCGUGAGAAUAGGUCAAAAAGCCCGAAUCGAAUUCAACUGCUGUCAGCCGUUGUCUUUCGAGAGUGGAGAUAGAGUGAAAGAAGGAUUCCAGUUUGGAAUCGGUUAUGACUUCAUAUAAACAUCUUCGAGUAUUUUUUUAAAUAACGAAUGCUUAAAGAACCUUACAAGAAACGAGCCUUUUUUGAUGCAGUUCGUACAACAAAAUCUCUGAGCGCAGUUUAAAGCAUUUGCAAAAAGGCAAAAUUCUAGUUCUAAAAUUACGACCGGCUUGUAGAGUAAACAGAAAAACAAUAGUCGAAAGUUAUAGACGUAAAAUUCACUGUUAACAAAGUCAAACUAUUUACCUCUAAUAAAUUUAACUGCGUAACGAUCUUCAA